AGUUUUCAAUUAAAUAAAAAUCAUUAAAAUAAAAAAUUAUUUCUUCCUUUCUCCUGGAAUCUGACGUAUUCCUCUAUUUAAAAUGGCAAAUUUGAGGAGUCAGAAAAGGUUGGCCUCUAGCGUGCUUGGGUGCGGCAAAAGAAAAGUUUGGCUUGACCCAAACGAAGUAUCCGAAAUCUCUAACGCUAAUUCUCGACAAGACGUCCGUAAACUCAUAAAGGAUGGUUUAAUUAUAAGAAAGCCACAAACAAUUCACUCUAGAUUCCGUGUUAGAGAACAAUUAAAAGCUAAGCGUAAAGGUCGUCAUACUGGACCUGGUAAAAGAAAAGGUACUGCUAAUGCGCGUAUGCCUCAUGGUGUAUUAUGGAUGAGAAGACAGCGUGUUCUCAGACGUUUGUUGAGAAAGUAUCGUGAAGACAAAAAAAUUGAUAAGCAUUUAUACCAUCAAUUAUAUAUGAAAUCUAAGGGUAACGUCUUUAAAAACAAACGUGUGUUGAUGGAAUACAUUCAUAAAGCUAAGGCUGAAAAAACUCGUUCCAGAAUGCUUGCCGACCAAGCUGAAGCUCAUCGCCAAAAGGCUAAAGCCGCUCGUGAACGUCGUGCUCAACGACAGGCUCAAAAGAAGGCUGAUUUACUUGGUUUAAACAAAGAGCCUGAAGAAGAAGAAACUCCUGUACAUGAAAGUACAUGAAAAAAAAUUUUUUUUUUGAUGUACCGUAUAUUUAGUAAAAUGUAUUGAUUUAUCGGAAUAAUUCCAUGAGUGUAGAGAUUCUUUCAAGGAUCAAUUUUUUUUUGUAAUUCAGUAGCCAUUAGUUAUCCAGAAUUAACCUUCUAGUUUAUCCAAGGAAUCAAAUAUAAAAAUAAAAAAAAAAUUCGAUUAAAUAUUGGUUUUUUUUUAUUUUAUAUCGAGAUUAAAUAAUAAAAAUUACAAGUAAUUUAAAUG